CCCGCUUUGUGGAGCUCGAGGAUUUCGUACCAAUGGCACAGCACCAGAAUGUCUCUACACUGCCAUUGCCAUGCUCGAAGGCAAUGGCGAACCACGCGCGAAACGAGCAAGGACCGAAGAUGCUCCGGUGGAUCCUCCAGCUUUGUCGUCCGUCGCAGAAGCACGAAUGGAAACCAACGCUGUGGCUUCUUUGCCUACAACAACAGCUACGAGUACCGGUAUUGUCAACACUCCUUCUGCGGUCCGCCGCAACACUGCAGCGGCAGCGGCGACCACAACCAUUCCAACAACUGGGACGGAUCUUGGUGAUUUUCGUCUCGUCGAGAACGACCCGGAUACGCAAAACGCCCUUCUUCUCAGCCUCGCUGAUCUCAAUCCAGGAACCACCAAUGAUGGUCGUGGCGUGCCAGAUGAUGAACGCGACCCAGACGCCCAAGAGGCAAUUCUCCAGAGCCUAGCAGCAGUUGGCAACAACAACGACGACGACGAAGAAGGCGGAGGAGGAGGAGACCAGCAAUCGGUUGCUGCUACAGAAACGGCACAGGUGGCCGGUCAAGGAAACUGCGGUGAGGGACGAUCCUCACCGGACGAAACACGUGCUAGCUCGACGAUCGAGAUUGGGCUUCCAUCGGGCAGCCAGAGUGCGGCCACGGGAGGAUCGAACCUCGAAGAAGAGAGUUCAGCUACGCCUGGGACUCACCGUCAAUCUGCCGUGUCAGUCGGAGGAAGCUCGUUGCCAAAUAUCCAAGGACGAGAAGAAGACAAAGAAGCCGCUCCUGUCACCAUGAUUGAGGUCGCCAUGGUGCACAGUGCGAUUCUCCAGGCGAUCCCAUUUCACGGGGAAGGGUCAGCGAAUUCUCCCCUGCUUUUGGACAACGAUAUGGAGUUGGUGGAAGGCAACGAAAACGAGCUGUUGGAAAUGCAACGAUUGCUGGAGACAGAAAUCCUCGCGAACACAAGCAUUGGGCGAACCCGUGCGUGAAGACACGAACGAUCAAACAGAAAGUAGCUCUCGGGGAGGAUGAUACAGUCGUAUGCUGAGUCCAGCAAGGUUUGGCAAUCUGUCGAGGGAGAGCCCUCCUCGAACGCAAAGAUCAGUUCUUGAACAGAACAGUACGUGUAGUAAAGAUCUCUUAUUAGUAAAAUAUUGCAUUUGAAGACCCU